AUGUCGCGUCCCUCGAUCUCUCGGACUUGCUCCCUAUCUUCAACCUCUAGCUUCAGCUCUCUCUCUGAACUCACUGGUGAAGCAGAUAAUGAGACACAACCCACUGCGUCUCAAUCCUCCGAAACGAAGCGUACUCGGAAACGCUUCUCACAGGAUCAGCUCGUCGUGCUUGAGCAGGCAUACCAUAAGUCGAGCCAUCCGACGCGUGACGAACGCGAGGAAAUAGCCAAACAAACUGAUAUGAGUGUGAAGUCCGUAACAAUCUGGUUCCAGAACAAACGACAAAUGGAGCGUAAAAUGGCACUCAACAACUCAUUAAGCCAUAACGCUCCACUGCCUCUCGCAAUGUAUCCCAUUCAACAAUCCACACAGCAAGUUUCAGUAACGGACCCAUUAAGUCGCUCUAACUCAGCAUUAUUACACCCUUCCGCGUCACAGCCCAAGAACAAGCAUCGACUCCCAUCGCGUACUGCAAGCGGCUUUCUCUCCCUAGACCGCGUUGCAUCUCGGACUGAGCGUGUUCCGCGAACUCCCACAAAACUCAUCCGGCACGUUUCUGUACAUGAAUCCCGUUCCCGUUCUCCCGAGGCAUUAUGGGAAUCUAUGCUCUCUUCGCCGAUCCAGCCCGAAGGCAAUGAUAAGCCCAGUAACUCCCAUCCGGAAUCUCCUUCGGCGCGUGACCUACUUGACUUUGCUUCGACUCGAAACGCAAGGCGUGGAAGUCGAUCGAAAGGACGGCGUUCUCUCGAAUGGGCCUGUGCAGCUGCCCGAAUGACAGUAGACAAAGAUGACGAGGAUACAGAACUAGACGAACCUUUGUCACGACCAUCAUCUGUUUUUAUCGACACAGACGAAGCUCGGAGCAUCGACGACGACGCUAGUACAGAGAUCAUUGACACAGAGAUGGAGAGUAUUGUCGAUAGUCACGAGGCCAUUACACCUGAUGCCAGUCACAACGACUUCACGUAUCAGCCAUCAACUACUCAGGUUCUUGACAACCCCGGAGACGACAGAACGACCUUAGACGAUGAAAAUACUGUUAGAAUGGCUCUGGACAAAACAAAACACGUCGGAGAUGACGAUAUGGAUAACGACAAGGAGACCUUGGACGCCGCUUUGGCUCUUUGCGGCCUUAGCACACUACGCGGAUGACAUGCUAUCAAAACGGACCAGCCUUAAUAACGAACCGAUGGUAUUACACAAAACGCAAAUCCAACAGUCAAACCUGACUGAUGCCAAAUCAAAUUCAUUUUCUUCCCUGCAAUUUUUUCUCUCUUCUGUAGAUGCUGUCAAAACAACUGCACAUUUUUUACAUAGUGUUCAAC